AUGUUCAGACAUCAUCGAGAUGUUAGUAGUCAUCUUAUUCGUCAACAUGAUUUCAGAGAUGAUUAUUACAAGAUUCAAAAAUUGAUAAAUGAUAAAGUUCAAUUGAGUUUGAAAUAUGAACAGUUGAAAUCUCCAGAAAUUCAUUCAACUUUAAUGAAACCAAUAACUGACGAGAUAUUACGGGUAUCUGAACUAUCACUAUCUCCACCAGCAGCAUAUGUACAACAUGACAUUCAACCAGAGAUAUUAGGAUCCUCUUCAUUAGCAGUAACAGAAAGAAGAGAUUCACGAUUAGGAAGAGCAGCAGCAUAUACAGCUUUAGAUGCAGUUUCAACCAGAGCAAUUGAGGGGCCAAGACAAAAAGUCUCGCAUAAUGUUAUCUUCACAUUGUUGUUACUACGAUAUGAAUACUUGAUUCAACUGGAGAAUAACCUUGUCUGUUUUGAUUUACUAAUUACUAAAGCUACUGUUUGUGAGUUAUUGUCUAUUAGAAUGCUAAGAGAAUACAAAUCCUUGAAUCGAGUUAACAUGUUAUUUAUCAAACCAUUAUAUGAAGUAGACCGACAACAUAAUUUUAACACCCUUGAACUUUGUGUGUUAUGUAACGCUAAGAAAUUUCUUUCACAACCAAUCAUAGUUAGAAUAUUAGAAAGAUUUUAUAAUGGUGAGCUUAUAAAUAACGAGAGUAGUCAUAUCACUGGUUCUGGAAUCAGUUAUACUGACGAUGAAAAAGGAUUACUUGAACUUGACUGCGUUACAGAUUACCAAUUUAGAAGAAUAUCAUAUAAACAAAUAAUUAAACGGGCAAACACUGUGCCGAAAUAUCAAUCUAUUGUGAUAAAUUUCAAAUUGAUAAUGUUACUGAUCUUUUAUUUUCUGUUGAUUUUUGGCAACCCUAUGGGAAGUGGGUCUUUAUUUUGGGUCAUUGGUUUAAGUUUUAAUAUUGAAUUAAUUAUGAAAUUGUAUAAUAUAGAAUGGCAAUUUAUGAAAACUAUAAUUUGGAAUUAUAUUGAUUUUUGUUUGAUUUUCUUAAUCGACUUAUCAUUUGUUUUGAAGAUGGCCAAUACUCCCUAUUUUCCCGAUGUUUUCAGUUUAAUUGGAAUUAUAUUAUUUCCUCGAAUACUUUCGAUUUUUAAUAAUUAUAAAUUUUUUAAUUUAAUUGUAUUAUCAUUCAAUAAAAUGAUCUGGAACUUGGUUGGAUUGAUCUUUUUCUUUUUCACGUUGAUCAGUGGGUUUUAUUUCAGCUUUUUAACCCUAAGCAUUAACCAAGCCAAAGGCGAAAUAUUAUUCGAUAUGGUCAAAAUUUUUUUUGGAUUUACUCCCUCAGUAUGGAAUAAUUGGGAAAAUUAUAACACGUUGGGAAAAGUCACCCUAAUGGGUUAUUUAUUUUUAAUUCAGUUUAUUGUCGGCACGAUAUUGGCUAUUUGUUUGAGUGGUGUAUUUGCAAAGGUAAGAGAUAGCAAUCAAGAAGAGUUUAACUAUUUUAAAACAACCAAUUUAAUAUUAUAUUUUAAAAUGGCAAGGUUGAAUAAUCAGAAUAAUUGGACUAACAGUUUCUUGCAUAUUUUUAAAAUACCUAUUAUAUUUAUGCUAUUUGGAUAUGAACUAAUAAAAUCUAAAAGUUUCCACAAUCAACCUUCUUCAGAAUUAAAGAAUUUUACAUUUUUGAAACAAGAGGAAGAUAACAUACAUGGGAUUGGGCAUGAGAUUGAUGGCGAAAGUAAUUUCAUGGGACGAAGUACUAAAAGAAGAUUGAGCCGUCGUUCCAACAAGUAUCAAUCUUUGAGUACAUUGAAUGGGGGAAAUAUACGUACGGCUUCGACUGAUUCUUUUUUCAUUAAUGAGUUACUUAAUAAGAGGUAUGGUGGUAAAAUAGAAAAGGUACGAACAAAUACUAGCGAAAGAGUAAUCUCAAGAAAGUUUCUUCAACAACCAUUUGCUGUACCAAGACAAACACAGGCACAACAGCAACAGCAACCAUUACAGAAUAUUCAAAACCUGAAGCAACAAUCAUCACCAUCAAUUAUAUUCUCAACUCCCUAUUCUGGCAACCACAACCACAAUAAUUAUGGCACAGUCACUGACGAGAUUUUGACAAGAUUAAGCAAUCUUGAAAAUACCAUUACAAGGCGUACAUUAAUGUCUACAAGUGUGGAUGAUAGCAAAUCGGUUAUGAUGUACAAUAUUAAUGAAACAGAGGAUAAUGACAGCAAUGAGGGAAUCCUGAUCAAUUCGCAAGAAAUGGGUAGUUCAAGAGAUGGCUUCGAAUCCAGUAAAGACAACACAUUGGAGGAUAUUGAUCAAUAUGAUAGUGAUGAAACUUUUUGA